AUGGAUGCUAUGAUAAGUUCAAUUAUUACUCCUGUUGUUCAAUCAUUGAUGGUCCCUGUUAAGAAACAUUUGGGUUUCUUAGUUUCAUCCACAAAGCAUGUUAAAGAUUUGAAGGAGGAAAUGGAUCAGCUGAAUAUCACUGAACAAGAUAUUCAAGAGAAAAAAACGACCGCUGAUGCAAACUAUCAUGUGGUAUCUUGCCAUGUGUCACCGUGGUUGGAAGAUGUUCAAAAGAUGAAGGAGAAGGUAGAAAGUAUUCCAACAGCUGGAAUUGGGUGCUUCAACGUGGCAAAGAGAUACAAAGCAGGAAAACAAUCUUGUAUUAUUGUCCAACAGAUAAAAUCUCUCAAAGAACGAGCAUCUAAAAUCAGUUGGACAAAUGAACAGAAAUCACUUGCUAAGGUACCAUCCACCUCUGCACCAGUUCCUCAUGGUACCCAAACAACCACGUUUGAGUCUAGAGAUUCGGUAUUUAAUGCUGCAUUGCAAUCUCUACAAUCAAGUGACGAGUCCCAAAAGAUGAUUGCUCUAUGUGGGAUGGGUGGUGUCGGCAAGACCACAAUGAUGGAACAACUAAAGAAGACCGUGGAAGAUUCAAAAAUGUUUGAUUGGGUCAUAAAGGUGGUUCUUGGAGAAAGUUCUGACCCUUUUGUUCUACAGCAAGCUGUUGCAGAAUACAUUCAUGAAGAUUUAAGUGAAAAAACAAAAGAUGCAAGGGCUGAGCUUCUUCGUAAGAAAUUUGAGGGGAUGUCGCAAAAUGGGCAAAAGAAAAUUUUAGUAAUAAUGGAUGAUAUUUGGAAGGAGGUUGACCUCAAAGAUGUUGGACUAACAAGCCCUUUGCCAAAUGGGUUCAAGCUCUUGUUCACAUCACGAUUUGAACAUGUUUGCACUCAAAUGGGUGUUAGACCUAGUUCAAUAUUUAGAGUAGGGGUCUUAAAUGACGAAGAAGCAAAAACAUUAUUUUUUGCGAUUGUGCGACCAGCUCCUUCGGAUGGUGAUGAUGAAGAACUCCAAAAGAUAGGAGACGAUAUCGUGAAUAAAUGUGGGGGUUUGCCUAUUGCCUUGAAAACCAUUGCCAAAAGUCUUAUUGGUAACAUAAAGGAGGCAUGGAAAGAAACACUUUCCAAUUUACAACAUGAUGACCUUCAAGACCUUAAUGACAUUGUGCAUAAAGUUUUUGAAAUGAGCUACAACAAUCUUCAAAAGGAUGAUGAUAAAUCAAUUUUCCUCCUAAGUGGCUUAUUCCCGGAUGACUUUGACAUUCCUAUUGAGGACUUGAUGAGGUAUGGAUGGGGUUUGAAGCUGUUUAGUAAAGUGCAUACUUUAAGAGAAGCAAGAAGACGAACAAUCAUUUGUGUUAACAACCUCAUACGGGCAAACUUGUUGACAGAAAGUGACCGCAUGGGAUGUGUAAAGAUGCAUGAUCUCGUGCGUCUUUUUGCUUUAAGUAAUUUUUCAAAAGUCAAACAAGCUUCAAUAGUCUACCAUGAUAAUAUGUCUGGACAUCAGCUUAUAAACAACGAUGCAAAAGAGUCUUAUGAAAGAAUUUUAUUAAAGUGCAUGGGUAUGACUAAAUUUCCUGUAUGCUUUAAUUACCCAAAUCUCUCGCUCUUGAUUGUAAUGGAUGGGAAUAACCUACUCAAGUUUCCGCAACAUAUUUAUGAAAAAACAGAAAAACUUGAGGUUGUCUGUUAUGACAAUAUAGGUAUUCCAUUGCUUCCGGUGGUGUUCGAACACUCGACCAAACUUCGGACACUAUGCCUUCGUUCAUGCUCAUUGACUGAUGAUAUAUCUUUCCUUGGAAGUCUUAGCAACUUGGAAGCAUUGAGCCUUGUCGAUUGUGGAAUAAGAAGGUUGCCAUGGAUGAUAGGAAAGUUGAAAAAACUGAAGUUACUAGAUUUGACUGGAUGUGUUGACCUACGCAUAGACGAUGGUGUCUUUCAAAACUUGGGCAGCCUUGAAGAACUUUAUAUGAGAUCUUAUGAGAAUCGUCAUAUUAUGUUCACAGAUGCCAACUGUGACGAAUUGGAGAUACUUUCACGGAAGCUAUUUGCAUUAGAGUUGGAGUUCUUUAAGAGCAAUACCCAACCGAAAAACUUGUCUUUUGAAAAACUUGAAAGGUUUAGAAUAUCUAUCGGUUGUCAAUUGGUUAUAUGGAAGGACGAUGAGAAAUAUUCAUUCAGAAAUACGAUUAAAUUAGUUGGUGAAUGCAAUGAGCUGAUAGAAAGCAAAAUCAGUGAUCUAUUUGAAAAAACAGAGGAGCUUCAUUUACAAGUGAAUGAUAUGAAUCAUCUUGAAAAUGUAGUUGACAUACCUCUUCACAGUUGCCAACUGGAGCGACUCAAAAUUUCCAAUUGCCCUGUUAUGAGAACACUCGUUGAUGAGGAUUAUACAGUUGGGGUGAUUAGAUUUCCAAAGUUGAAUUAUUUGUCUCUAGAUGAUCUACCUAGCAUGGUGAGCUUGUGUGGAACUGUGAUUGAGUUACCAGAAAUGGUAGAGUUGGAUCUUCAUGCCCUUCCCAGCUUCACAAGCAUUUAUCCUGACAACGGUAAUCCAUGUGCGAUACAAUCCUUAUUGAACAAAAAGGUUGUGAUACCUAAGUUGGAGAAACUACAUAUUAAUGAUAUGCCAAACUUGAAGCAAAUAUGGCCAUGUGAGAUUUCAACUGACGAGAAAAAUAACGUUUCCGGGUUGAGACUGCUCAAAGUAUUCACAUGUGGUAGCCUUAUCAAUAUUUUUCCAAACAACCCACUGCCAACGCUGAAUAAUUUAGAAAAGCUUGAAGUUGCAGAGUGUGAUUCUGUUGAAGUAAUAUUCAACAUCGACUUUGAAAAUGUUAGUGAAAUGGAGGGGUACGUUAGCAGAUUAAGAAGCAUUAGAGUUGAAAAAUCAGGGAAGCUUAAAGAGUUGUGGAGGAUGAGAGGUGUAUAUAACUCUAAUAUCCUCAUCAAUGGCUUUCAAGCUAUACAAAGCAUUUAUAUAUUCGGAUGCAAGAGUUUUGAAACUGUAUUCACACCUGUCACAGCCAAUUUUGAUCUCAGUGCACUUACUUCCUACAACGCUCAAAUGGUAUUUCAUGUCAUCUAG